AUGACGACCGCAGAACUACGGGAAAUGAUGAAUAUUCGUCGAGAAAUAGAUGGGAUGUUCACAACGUGCCAAGGAUAUGUGAAGGAUGAGCUUGAUGUUAUAACCCGAAAAGAACAUCAGGAGAACAAGGAGAAGAUUGAGGAAAUGAACGAUACAAAAGGGAAGGUCGAGGCUUAUCUGAAAAUUUUCAAACUCAAGAAGCCGCCACCCGAUCUCCAAUCUCAGGGUUCAGCUUCGAAGGGAAAGGGAAAGGUGAAUUGGGAGUACCAAUGUUUAGAGCUUAAAAGUCAUAAGAUGGACAUGAAGCUGGAGAAGAUUCUGGAAGACGCGUCCAUGAAGAGUAAGGAGGAAGAAUUCAACGCCCUACGCAAGCAACUGAAAAUGUGCUUGUUAUGCUUCUCCAUUUUCCCAAUGGAUGCUGAGAUCGUGAAGAAGGUCUUGAUCUAUUGGUGGAUUGGAGAGGGGUUCGUGACAGCGAAAGAGGGGAAGACCGCUGAGGAAGUCGGGGAAGAUUGCUUCAAAGAGCUAGUGGAGAAAGAGUUCAUCCAGCCCGUCUAUAACCGGCGCCGGGGGAACAUCCUGCGGUGCAAGAUGCAUCCUUGGAUCCGUUGGAUGAUCAUCGCACUGUCGAGGAAGGAAGAGUUCUUCAACUUGGAUGAAUCAGGUAUUCCAUCUUUAUCUCCCUCCAAAUCCCACCAUGCAUGCUUAAUUUCAAAAGAUGAAGACGGGCAGCUCGACGAAGCGUUCUUCCUGAGAGAGUCGGAACGCUACUUGCUAACGCUCUUCAACCUCAACGUGACGUUUCUGAGAUUGAAUUUCGGCGUUGACUCCUUACCGAAGUUGAAAAGGCUAGUUGUUUUGCAUCUGGGAAAUUGGCGGGCGAGCGACACCCACGAUCAUUUGAAUGUUGAAGAGCACAAAAUCAAAGACGACUCCAGCCACUUCAUCAAGAUCGAAGAAACUCAAACCUUAGAUAUGCUCGGGUCUUUGGUGAACUUACGAUAUCUGAGCCUACGAGGUAUCUCUGUAAUCACGAAGCUGCCGAGUUCGAUGAGGGCGCUCCGGAAUUUGGAGAUCUUGGAUCUCAAAGGGUGCCAUAACCUGGAGAAGUUAACGGACGAGAUCAAGUGGCUAAAGAAGCUGACCCACUUAGAUGUUUCAGAGUGUUCUGUGCUUGGAUACUUGCCAAAGGAGCUUGGCUCCCUGUCAGAGCUCGAGGUGAUCAAGGGGUUCGUGUUCGGCAGCCACAAGAGCCGUAAUUCAUGUAAGGUGGCAGAUUUAGCGAGAUUGAAGAAGUUGAGGAAGUUGAGUAUCAACAUCUGGCAUGGGAAGGUAUAUGGGGUAGAUUUGCAUGAUUUGUACAAAAUAAAAGGUCUAAGAUCCUUCGCAAUGGCAUGGAGCGUGCCUGUGUUUACGAGUUUCAGUAUUCCUAAAAACGUAGUCAAGCUUGACCUCCGAUGCUUCCCUGAAUCCGAUCCGCCGCCCUGGCUCAACGCCUUCCAUUUGGCGAAUUUGGAGAAGCUCUACAUCUGGGGAGGAAAGCUGGAGACGUUCCACAUCCCGGAAGAAAAGCAGGAGGAGAAGGUCUGGAAGAUAAAAAUGCUACGCUUGAAGUUUUUAAAAGAGAUGAAGCUGGAAACCGUCGACAUUCAGGAACGGUUCCCGCAUCUCGAAUAUUUAGAGGUGUACGAAUGCCCCAACAUUAAUUUGAGCGAUGAGAGUUACAAGCGCGAUAGCGAUGGGGUGUGGGUAAAUGAGAAGCUGGAGGUUUCGCCAGCAUCUCACCAGCUCGCUAUUUCAUUGACGCUUGCUUCUGAUGCUUCUAAAGAACCUUCAACUGUUCCGGAAGGCACUCCAACCAUUCCUGCUGCUACUACCAUUGCCUCCGAUGCUUCCCAUACUGACCAUGCGUCGACUUUGGAGCCUUCUCCUACACCAGCAUCUGCAAUCACUCCUCUAUCCUCUCCUUCUUCUGCUUCUCCUACUGCCACCCAAGAACAUUCUCCUGCAUCUCCCGCUCAUACUAAUACCCAAGAAGCCUCUCCUGCACCUGCCACUCCUACCAUCACCCGAGAAGCUUCUCUUACAUCCCCCGCUCCUACUACCACCCCAGAAGCUUCUCCUGCAUCUGCCGCUCCUACUACCGCCCAAGAGGCUUCUCCUUCAUCUGCCGCUCCUAAUACCGCCCAAGAAGCUUCUCCUGCAUCUGCCGCUCCUACUACCAUCCAAGAAGCUUCUCUUGCAUCCGCCACUCCUACUACCGCCCAAGAAGCUUCUCCUUCAUCUGCCACUCUUACUACUGCCUAA